AUGCGGAAGACGCGGAAGCAGAGGCGCGACCGCAACGUGUACCUGUCGCAGCUGGCGCUCGCCAUGGCCGAGGGCCAGCUCUGCCCGCCGUUCAACGCGCCGCCGCCCCGAGAGCUGCCGCCGAUCUGCGCCAGUCUCUUCGGACUCUUUCCGAGCGGUGUAGCGGUGUCUGAGAACCCGCAGAUACAUCAGUCUGGUGCUUCGUCAUUCCCUACUAAAGCUGACGCCAGUGGAAAGUACUGGUCAAACGCUGAUUUCGGAAAAGAAAAGAGUCAAUGUAAUUUUCAUACACUGCAGGCACAUGAUGAGAAUGUGCCUGAAAAGCCACCAGCAAACCAGUCUGAGAUGCCUUCAUCUUCUGCAAGAGCUGGGACCAGUUGUAAAUAUUACCCAAAUGUUGCUGUUAGGAAAGACAAAAAAUGGAACUAUAAUAUUAAUAUACUGCAGCCCCUUGAACAGAAGGCGUUUGAGAAGCCACAGAAAAACUCGCCAGAGAUGUUUUCGUUCUCUACAAGAGCUGGCACAAGUGGGAAACACCGGCCAAAUUUUGCUUUCGAAAAAGAAAAUAACGAAUGGAACAUUAAUGGUGAGACUGUCUCUCAGAAUUCACAGAUGACGCUGUCUGACAUGUCUUCGUUCGGCGAGAUAUCUGACAAAAGUGUGGGGCUACUGUCAGAAAGUAGUUACGUGGAAGAUGAGAGCAAAUGGGCCAAUGAAAUUCAGUUAAGUCCUAAUAAGUUUUAA